AUGCCACCGCAAUCCAAACCUAGUUUGUUGGAGGUAGUGUCAUCCGUAGCGCCUGUACCAGGGACGCGAGGUCAGUUCACCGUCACAAUCACUCGAGAUUGGUGCACUCAACAUUCUGUUUUGGGAGGAUUCUCCGCGGCGGUCAUGUUGUCCGCUGGUCGGAAAUUUCUCGAACAGGAGCUGGGCGAUGGUCUUUAUCCCGACCCCGUGCAUGCCUUUGUGCAGUUCCUCCGGGAAGUCCACCCGGGCGAGUGCACCAUUACCUGUACCAUCUCACGAACCUCAUCUCGACGAUGCGUCGUCACGGUUGAGUUGAAACGUGCUGCUGCUGCUGCUUUAAAGGACCAGAGAGAAACCCCGAACACAACAGGAUCACCAUCACUUAUAACCACUACCCUCGGCGUUUUCACUUAUGCCGAUAUCUCCAAAGAGCAAGGCCUCACCCUAGAGCCCCAUUCCGCAUCAACAAAAGUAGCAGCAGCAGCAGCAAUUAGACCACCAUUACCCAACCGACAAACAGAAUGCACCACCAUCGACAACCCCGUUGUCGACGCCACUCCGGUAACCCGCAAGAUGCAUUGGGUUGCACCCCGCUCCGCCAACGGACUCUGGGGCCAUCGUCUCGGGGGACACAACCGCGAAGUCUGGCUCUCCUUCCGCGAUGGGACCAAAUUCUCCGACAUUCUACAUCUAGCAUACCUCUCGGACCUGCCCCUCCAUCCCGCAGCAACCCAUACCCCCGACUUCUACGCCAAGCACGCCAUCUCCACCCUGUGUCUGUCGAUCGAGUUCAAGAGACGGCCCGAUCCGGCCACGGAAUGGGUUCUGACCCGCUCCACCUCGUAUCAGAUCGCGCGCGGUCGCUACGAUGUGAGCCUGCAGAUCUAUGAUGAGUCCGGUGCGCUCCUUGCGUUGAGUCAACAUGUGGUUUUCGUCACGGAUCUGAAGCCCGUGUGGGUGGAGGGAAGGUUGUGA